AUCUUUCCUUCCUUCUCCCUCUACCUAUUUAUCUUAAUGGGAGAGAGAGCAGCAAAGAACAAAUAUUUACUGAAGGAGGCAGGGUCGUGGGCUCAAGGGCACAACAGCAGCGCCAGCCUAAUCACGUGGAAUAUUCCACAAAGUUGAUAAACAAUUUGUAUUGCAUAACAAAAAGGGGGUGGGGAUUUUCAACAACAAGAAAUACACAAGAUGAAAUUCCAGAGAGGAAAGUAAAUGAUUUUCUGGGUACAAUAAUACUCGUAACAUGUUGUCAGUUUUCUUAUGACAGAGAGGUGGCGACUCUGCAAUGAAGCACAAAAAGCUUAUCUCCCUGUUACCCAAAGAAUUAGAUAUUCGUUGCCAAAGUGCAUGCACAGCGAUGUGCAAAUUCCAGAAUAACUGAAACAAAUUUACAACAUUGGGUCAUCAGUGUACGAAUCAUAAUAUCAGAGUCGCCACCUUUAUGUCACAAGAAAACUAACAAAGACAACUGGGUUUUUUGGUGGAAAAAUCAUUGUUCAGUGGAAUACGCAGACGUCAUAUGCAAUUUUUGGAAACAACUGUGGAAACGGUAACAUGAUAGCUCGGUUACCUAAUAAUUGUGCUGCUAGUGGCAGAGGGUGCGUGCGGCAAUCGACAGUUUUAUUGGGGAAGAAGACAGCAUUCCAAUUGUUGUGUAAAUUUAUCCCUGCAAUUUUCAAUCAAAAAAUCAGUCGAACAAUGAGCGAAGAAAAGAACGACCUGUUAGAGAUGAAAAACGAUCUGAAAGAUAUUUUCUUUGCUGGAUUAAAUUCAGUGAAACCUCAUGUGUUGAUCCAAAAUAAAAUCAAAGUAAGUGAAAAUACUUUAUUCGUCGAGGGAAAGGGUUACGCUCUGGGUAACAGAGUUUAUCUUGUUGGCUUCGGAAAGGCGGUGCUGGGAAUGGCAAUGGAGAUGGAGAAACUGCUCGGAAAGAAAUUAACUAAAGGAAUUGUUAGCCUUCCUCGAGGCUGUAUGAAUGAACAAUUGAAGAGCAUGAAUAAUGUACCUGUUUUUGAGCCAAGCGGCGUCAUUAACUAUCGAGAAAAUUGCGUGAAUAAUCAGGCAGAUGAUGAAACAUUAAAAACUACUCGAGAAUUGAUGGAUUUAACGAGAUCUUUAGAGGAGAAGGACACUUUAAUCGUUUUGGUUUCGGGUGGCAGUUCUGCACUUUUAUCAAUGCCUCCACCUUCCAUAACUCUGAAAGAGAAGAACGAAUUCUGGAAAAAAUUGCAAAAUUGUGGAGCUGAUAUCAAAGAGGUGAAUAUUGUUAGGCAAAAAUUAUCGAUGGUGAAGGGAGGGAAAUUUAUAGAAUUGGCUUACCCAGCCACUGUUAUUAGUCUUAUUCUAUCAGAUAUCAUUGGAGAUCCAGUGGAUUUAAUUGGUGGAGGGCCCACGUGUUAUGUCAACCGAGAGCCUUGUGAUGUUUUCAAAAUUCUCAAUAAGUACAAUAUAAAAACCAUCGAUGACAAGAUGAAAAAAGUAUUGAAUAACAAUGAAAGUCGUGAUAAAAAUCAUUUUACGAAUGUGCAUAAUCACGUUAUUGGUAAUAAUUCAUGUGCAAUCAGUGCUGCACGAAAUGAAGCCCUCAAAAAGGGUUUGAAUGUAAUUGUUCUAUGCAAUGACAUUGAAGGAGCUGUGAAAAAUGUCAGCAAAAUGUACGUCAAAUUAACAAAACUUUUCUGUGGAAUAUUGACAAAUGCAAUAACGAAAGAGGAGUUCACUAAUUGUGUGAGUAAUUGUGACGGCUUGAAAAGCCUUCAGGAAAGAAUUGAUGUCAUUUUCUCACAUCUGGAAAACAACACUGAUAAAGGAUUAGUGUUGAUAGGGGCUGGAGAGCCCUCUGUAGUUGUAACAGGAACAGGAAAAGGGGGAAGGAAUCAAGAAUUAGCUCUGCAAUUCUCCCUGGAUUGGGCUCAGGAAAUAGAGAAAACAUCAGCGAUGAAGGAAUUUGACGCACUUUUUCUAAGCGCUGGAACAGACGGACAGGACGGGCCAACCGAUGCUGAUGGAGCUUUUGGUUAUGCAGAUAUUGCAAAAAAUGAGAGAAGUAAAGAUCAUCUAGCUAAUAAUGACGCUUAUCAUUUUUAUUCGGAUUUCGAGCAGGGAGGAAAUCUACUGAAGACAGGAUUAUCCGGAACUAAUGUGAUGGAUCUUCACUUGAUUUAUAUUAAGAAGAAAUAGCCGUUUACAUUACGAAUAUCAAUAAAGUGAUGGGGGAAAUAAAGCUUAUACGAGAUCGGGAAAUACCUCCUUGUUUGUAGUAACGGGGGUGUAUUUGCAGUGAAUAAUGAGCGGAUUCCCUCGGUCGAUAAAGUUUUAUUUAAUUCAGACAUAACAGUGCCAUAAAAUAAAAAGAAUGUGGAUGUCCAGAAAAAACCACCUACAAAUAUAUGACAAUUUAAACAAG